UAAAGAGGUUAAGUUACUCUAUGAGUGGCCUCCAGUAAACCGCUGCGCGAACAGGUUAACUUUCAUCCACAAGUGUGUGUAGAACAGGUUAAAAACGGUGGAUUAAACAAGAAAUCCGAAUAAGAUAAAUAAAUAUCUUAACCGUUCGAAGUAACCAAAGGGGAAAACUCAAAAGGAAUGCCGACGCGCAGGGAAUCAGCACAGUGGUGAUUCCGGAAACUCGGAAAAUCAUCAUCACUGCGUGCUUUUCAUGCGUGAGCCGAUUCAAGGUGAAACUUAAGUGCGUGUUCAUGAACUCAAGCUUACUGGCUGUACCAUGGAGAAAUAUGAGAAGCUGGCUAAGAUUGGCGAGGGCUCCUAUGGAGUGGUGUUUAAAUGCCGCAACAAGGAAACAGGCCAGAUAGUGGCCAUCAAGAAGUUUGUGGAAUCCGAGGAUGAUCCAGUCAUUAAGAAAAUAGCACUUAGGGAAAUCAGAAUGCUGAAGCAGUUAAAGCAUGUAAACCUGGUCAAUCUUCUGGAGGUGUUCAGGAGGAAGAGAAGACUUCACUUGGUCUUUGAGUUUUGCGAACAAACCGUCCUCAAUGAACUCGACAAGCACCCCAGAGGGGUUCCUGAGGGCCAGCUGAAGAGCAUCGUCUGGCAAACUCUUCAGGCUGUCAACUUCUGCCACAAACACAAUUGUAUCCAUCGGGAUGUGAAACCAGAAAACAUCCUCCUAACCAAGACGGGCAUCAUUAAGCUGUGCGACUUUGGGUUUGCCCGCAUCCUGACUGGUCCAGGUGAUGACUACACUGACUAUGUGGCCACACGCUGGUACCGAGCACCGGAGCUUCUGGUAGGAGACACGCAGUAUGGCCCACCGGUGGAUGUGUGGGCGCUAGGCUGCGUCUUUGCUGAACUCCUUCUUGGGAGUCCACUGUGGCCUGGACGCUCAGACGUAGAUCAGCUUGACCUCAUCCGUAAGACUCUGGGUGACCUUAUUCCUCGACACCAGCAGGUGUUCCGCUCCAAUGCUUUCUUCAGUGGAGUAAGCAUCUCUGAACCAGAUACCAUGGAGCCACUUGAGAAGAAGUUCCACGGUGCCUCUCCUCAUGCCAUUACUGUGAUGAAGUCUUGUCUCGUGAUGGACCCUGCUGAAAGACUGACAUGUGAGGAGUUAUUAGAGCUGCCAUACUUCCAGGAUGAGGUUGGAGUCGGAUGGGGACGAGAAAGCGACCGACCCAUGAGGCGCCAUGAGAAAGGUGCCAGACGCAGAGUGCCAGGGGCCCAGUAUUUGCCGCAACUUACCAGCAGCACCAUCUCCCCAGCACCCGAGCUGAAGAACAAACACAAACCCAAGUAUGACCACCAUCUGCCCAACAUCUAACCCUGAAACAUAAAUAAAACUGAUGGCAAAUGUUACUGGAUGUUAUUGGAAUUUACAACAGCACAACAAAAUUUAUAUAAUCCCUGUACAAUUUGUAGUUAUGAGGAACAUUACAAGAAGUGGCACUGCCAUAAAGUUUGAUGUGGAUUUACUUUAAAAGGAAUUACAUGUGUAAGUGUAACUUAUUUAGCAUAUUUCUGUAUAAUUUUAAACUCUUGAUAUAAUGUGCAAACAUUAAAUGAUUGUGAUUAGUCAGUAUAUACUCUCAUCUCCAACGAUACGUCAGCGCCUUAGCACGUGGCCUUAGUUGAAUUAUUACUACCCAAGAUGGAUUGUAACUAAUCUAAGUGACUUUACUAGUCCUAGCUUGCUCACCUUUGUGCCAAAUUGAACAGGGAGUAGUAUAUUUUUUUUGCAAAAGGUCAUCCUUUAUAAGGCUUGCAUUGCUCUCAGAAAACAUUAAUUCAAAGCUUUUAAAUGCAGUUUAAGAAAUGACUGCUUGUAUUUUAAAUGUUGUUCUUGUCUGUGGCUUCACAGCCUUUUUAUACAUUUUAUGUGUAAGUCUUUUGCAGUUACACAUAAAACUAAUUGCAGGGUUGGGUGUUGCACUAAUACAAACUGUUUAUCAUUAGUAGCAAGAAGUCUCUCUAAAACUUUUUACUUUGAAGUUAAUACAAAUCAGCAGAACCCAAACAUGUUAUGUAGAUACAUAGAUUUGACCUUUUUAGCUAUUUAUUAUUGGGUAAAUCUCAUUUAUUAAAUACUGACAGGGUGAGUAAGUAAGUUAAUAAAUAAAGAUUGAUGAUAAUCUCAGGAAUAAUCACAUAAAGCGCAUAAUUACAUUUUCUACAAUGAAACAAGAAAGUUCCAAAUACUCUGUGGUGUGAUAACAGUGUAUCGCAGUUAUCAAAAGGAACAUAUUCAAUAUUGUAUUAGCAAAAUUACUAUGCUACUGUAUGUAUAAACAAAUUGAAAUGACUACUGACUGUCUAUGAAUGCUAAUGAAACAGUAACCCUAGUUAGUUUGAAAGUUACAUACAGUAUACUGCUUUAAGGUUGCAUUAUGUUAGCUAAAUCACUUUAGCCAUGGGAAUGACUUUUAUUAGUCUACGAACACAAAUAUGGCUGUUAGAAACUGUUAAGAGUUGUUGGGUUGCUUUUGCAAAAAAGGAUCAACACAACAGUGAUAUCAAAUUACAGCCAAAAAUAAAGUACUUCAGAAGAC